ACAGCGAGAGGCAGAUGGAUGGAGGUGAAGGGGAGGAAGAAAGCGAUGGACGCAGGCUAGAAGGUUUCGUCGUUUUCUCAGGUCCUUAGGAUGUAUGCGGGCAUCCAUCGAUCCAGCACUACCCCACGCGGGCCGCUGCUGCUCGGCUCUGGCCUGCUGCGCAUGCUGCGAAAGCAAAUGUCUCUCAUCAUCAUCCUCGACUCCUUUCACUUUCGUUCUGCUGCUCGUGGCCCAGACGGCAGAGGCUGAGGCUGGGGUUGGGACGUGGACGUGGCGUUCGUGUCGCUGGCUGCGGGGACCUUUCUCUGCUUUCUUAUAUGUCAGUGAUUGCGAAUUUCAAGACGGGGAGGAUAGGUUUAAUGGCCACGUUUACGUGGUUCAAUCCACAAAUUUGUUUGUUUGUUUGUUCGACUGCUGCUGGCUGGCUGCCCUCGUUCCUGGCUUGCCUGAUCCUCGAAGAAUUCUUAUGAUAUCGAUAGUAGCGCGCGUGAGGCCGAGAGACAGGGUCCUGGAGGAGCAAGAUUGGCAAUUGUUGGAAAUGGCUAAGGCGUUGACAUGGAAGGACCUCUCGGAGGUACAGGUCCUCCAAAUUCUUCAAACCCAGACGACAUCCGAAGCUCGAAGGACUUUACAGCAAGCAUUACAGCUGGAAGACAAGGAGGAUGAGCUGAAAGCAGAAAUUAUGCUAGAUCUGCAUUUCAGCACGUUCUUAUUUGCCCAGGAGCAAGGAUUUUCUAUCGAGAAAAUAUCUACUCUCGUUUCUAUAGUCAAGGAAAUUCAUCAACAGUCUACAGAAAAUCGGUUUACCGUGGCCAAGAGUUGGGAGUACUCCAAAAACCUCCUCCUGAUGCACACCGUACAGCGGCCUCCAUUUUCUACGGCUCUCUUUUCUCUCGGUGACCUUCAAAUGAUCACCCAGUACCUUCUGCACACUUAUUUUAAGCACUACAAAUUGUAUGUGUAUGCGUUCACUCCAACCUAUAUUCUCGAUGUAGAGACGAUCAACGUAGAUCUUUAUGAUUUGCCUCUGACCCUACCCAUACUAAGGACGGCCGAAACCGAACAAGAAAGAGAGGCCCACAUGGCUAAGUUACAGAAAGAGCUUGAGGAUAUUGAAAAGAAGCUAAAAGAAAGUGAAGAAAUUGCACACGAAGCUGCCAUUGCUGCAAGCAUCGAGGCUGCAUAUCGGGCAACUAUUCCUUUGGAAGUGACGCAAGCCGCAAGUGAAGCUGUUUCCAAGCAUCUGGAGCAAAUGCGAAAUGAUAUAGAAGAGAAGUUGCAACUUACGGAGUCGAUGAUCAUGGGUAAGAUAAAGGGACUUCCGUCAGUUAGCAGAGAGACUUCCCCAGACAAAUCUCGAAAGGAAGCCUCACCUGGAAAGGUCAAAGAAGGGAAAGAAAAGGACAACCAAGGGAAGAAAGAAGGGAAAAAGCGCAAAGAGAAGAAGUAAGUUACUGGGUGAAAACGAUUAAUGAUAUGCGGCAAGAAAAGGUAAAUAGAGUUGACGUCAAGCGGAGGUGCCCAGGUUUGGUAGAACAUGUAUCGUAUGGUAUAUACAUUUGUUCAACAGAAUAUCGUCGUAUAUAUUCGCUUAUCCAAUUGCCGUCAUCCGAUAAAAUAGCCCCAAAGCUUCAACCCUGGGCUGGCACUCCGCGGUUUUGAGGGGGCGGAUACGGUUGCGAUAUCUCCUUAUGUUAACAGAUUCUUGAUAACAGACGUCGCCUGCCCUAGCCUCCCCAUACCAUCUUUUCUCCAGUUUGUUUAGAAACAUACCAUUGAAAAUAUUAUCACCUUCAACGCACGCGAGUUUCCACUCGCACAGGUUCCUCAAUUAUGUAUGGCUUGCGUAUCAUCAAGAUGACACUUGCUCAGUAUCGCCUGCCGUUUCAGGACAGAACUUGAUUUCGUGCCGACCAUUGACCACUCUUCUCUCAAAGGGUCAUACUUACCACUUAAAUGUUUUAAGAUGUUAUUACAAUUUUUUAGUCAGGUGUUCACCGUCACCUAUAUUCUCAUACAAGUUCUUCUAAUUGCUUUUCUUUUAUUUCAAGGUAAUUCUCCCCGAAGUUCAGUUAGUCAGAAUUCCAAUGGCUGCCAUUCUGCACCAUGCGAGAACCCAAUUUCUCACGACCGAGAAUGAGUUUACAGUUAUAAAAUAUUGG